GGAUCAUCUGUGGUCAAUCGAGUUUUUCGCACAGUCGAUUUCCAAAGUAACCAAUAGUUUUCUGCAAAUUUCCUUCAUUUUGUACCCUCUAUAGCACCAAGCGGUAAUCUGGCAUGAGCCAGCUGAUGUAUAGCGCCUAUGGCCGACCAACCUAAGCACCAGAGUGGGGGGUCACUGAGGCGGUCUAAGCGUUAUUCUGGGGCGAAACCACAAGAGGAAACUUCUAAGCAGAGGUCAAACUCCAAGACCACGUCUGCAGGUCCAUCCUCUAAUUCGGGUCCUGAGGAGCUGCUUGCUGGGGGUGGAAAGGCCCAACGGAGAUCUGCUGGUGGAAGGUUUGAUCUUGAACCUGCUUCCAAAGAGAGGAAGGUCGAGAGUGGUCUGAAAGUGAACAACAUCGCGCACAAUAAGGUUAAAGUCAGUCGCAAGCGAAGUUCUAGUCGUGACGGUAGCAAAGAGCGUCAUCGAAGUCACAGCGGAGAAAAGCUCAAGAAGGAGAGGAGCAAAAGUCGUAGUUCUAGUCCGGUGAAGACUUUAGCUGAUCAUAAGGAGGAAGUCUUGGUGCCUUUGAGGCGCAGAACAAGAAGUAGCUCAGCUGCAUCGGCCGCAUCGAGCGCCAGCGUGUCAUCCUUGACAAAUCUGAGAAAUUCAACUUCUGUCGGAAACUUGGCAAACACAAUCCAGAAUUUGGCAAAGUCGGUUCAGAAUUUGACAAAUUCGCAACUCAGUUCGGACAAACAAAAGUGUGGUACUACUCCGAAGUUUUCUGAGGCUUCUUGGAGUACUUUGUUGUCAACGCGGACACUGAGGUCGGGUACGACUUAUUCAGGAGUUCCGAGUGAGGACUCAAAGUUGAGAAACAGUAGUCGCGGUCGUAAGCGAGGACGAAGCUGGACAAUUGAGCCAGUGGUGAAUCUUACUUUGAACGUCAAUAACAACAACAGUAGUAGUCCGACAGAUUCCAAAUCUGCCACCGGACAGGGCGGGAAAUCGCAAACGAGAAAGAGACAAAAAUCCGCCCCUCAAGCGUCGCAAUCGAAGUCAAGCUUGAGCGGAAAUAACAGAGAAACCGCAACAGCACAGCAACCUGAGCGGUUGGAUUUCAUUGUGCCAAAAAAGCGUGCGAGGACAGAAUUAUAUCAUAAGCCGGUAGAGCCAGCGCUACCGCAACCGGACGGAAAUAAGUUGAUCCCGCCAGGGUCGAGUCGUCGGAGGAAAGCCGCCACGAGUGACCCGCCCGAGCUUGAUAGCUUGCGGCGGAGCCAGAGGAACAAAACCACGGGAUCCUGCGCAAGUAGUCGACGACGUUCCUCAACUGUUUCUAGGCAGAACGCUCCAGGUCCACAGUUGAAUUCCGGACGGUCUGGAGGGACGUCGAAAACCACCAACACGAGCAUGUCGGGUCAAGAUGAUGGUGGUGCCGGGCGAGGCCAGAAUGAUGAGACGCCAGCGGCUUCUGGUUCGAGCGUGCAGGGUGCGUCUGCAAUGGCCACCUCCGAGGGUGAUGAGGGCGAGUCUGAUGUUGGAAGAUUACAAGCACUACUGGAAGCACGCGGCCUCCCCUCGCACCUCUUUGGGGCCUUGGGACCUCGGAUGCAUCAGCUCUUGCAUAGAUCCAUGAGCGGAGGUACAAUGAGUAAAGCGCAGCAGCUGCUGCAAGGACUCCAGGCGAGUGGUGAUGAGGGCUCACAGCUCACUGCGGUCAUUGAGAUGUGCCAGCUCCUUGUGAUGGGUAACGAAGACACCCUAGCCGGCUUCCCGGUCAAACAGGUCGUUCCCGCCCUCAUCACGUUGCUACAGAUGGAGCACAACUUUGACAUGAUGAACCAUGCCUGCAGGGCUCUGACCUAUAUGAUGGAGGCACUGCCGCGGUCUUCAGCUGUCGUGGUCGAUGCUGUGCCAGUAUUUCUUGAAAAACUGCAAGUUAUCCAGUGUAUGGAUGUGGCCGAGCAGGCAUUGACGGCCCUCGAAAUGCUCUCAAGACGUCACAGCAAGAACAUUCUACAAGCAGGAGGAAUAGCAGCCUGCCUCAUGUACCUCGACUUCUUCUCCAUCGCUGCCCAGCGCUGCGCCCUUGCAGUCUCGGCAAAUUGCUGCCAGAACAUGAACGCUGACGAAUUCCACUACGUGCGAGACUCGUUGCAGCUACUCAGUACGCGACUCACGCACCAGGAUAAGAAAUCGGUCGAGAGCACAAGUUUAUGUUUCACGCGUCUUGUUGAUAACUUUCAUACGGAUGAUCGAGUGUUGAAGGAGAUAGCUGCACAUGGAUUGUUGGCCAAUAUUCAACAGCUGUUGGUUGUGUCGCCCCCUGUGAUCAGCACCGGCACGUUUGUGAUGGUGAUCCGCAUGCUGGCUGUCAUGUGUGCCAGCUGUCCUGAUCUGGCUGUGGUACUGCUGAAGCAGAAUAUUGCUGAUACAUUGUGUUAUUUACUGGUCGGGCCGUCCGACCAGGCAAGUCAAACCGUGGAGCUUGUGUCAAGAAGUCCCCAGGAGCUCUAUGAAAUAGUGUCACUUAUAGGAGAAUUAAUGCCCAAACUGCCAGCAGACGGUCUGUUCUCGAUCGACACGGCCCUGAGGAAGGGCAACUCAUUAAAUACUGAUACUGUGAUCUGGCAAUGGAGAGAUGAUCGGGGGCUCUGGCAUCCGUACACGAUGAUCGAUAGUCGAAUCAUUGAGGCUGCCAACCAAUCUGGAGAAGACGAAGUCUGCCUGAGCACAAUGGGACGUACGUACACGAUCGACUUCAACUCUAUGCAACAAAUAAACGAGGACACGGGAAAGGCGAGGCCGGUUCAACGCAAACCGAAUCAAAACGCUCACAACACCUCGACAGCCACGUCGGCGCCAAGUUUAGUCCGAAGCGACUCCCGCGCCGACGUAUUAGCAGAGAAUCAAGACUUGGCGUCGUCGUUUAUAAAGACAUUGUUCGGGGUGCUUUACGAGGUAUACAGCUCAUCUGCGGGGCCAGCUGUACGUCAUAAAUGUCUGCAGGCAAUCCUGAGGACGAUUUACUACUCGUCGGCAGAUUUGUUGAAGGAUGUUCUCAAGAAUCAUGCAGUGUCUAGCCAUAUAGCUUCCAUGAUGGCCUCACAGGACCUGAAGGUAGUCGUUGGUGCCAUCCAAAUGGCCUUCAUACUCAUGGAGAAACUACCCGAAAUCUUCAGCGUGUAUUUCCGCCGAGAAGGCGUGAUGCAUCAGAUCCAACGCCUCUCCGACCCCGAGACGACGUUCAUCUCGCCAAAUAAAGACGUACAAAGCUCCUCGAGUAGUAAGGAGUCCCUGUCGUCUAAUAAUAGUAGUCCCGAGAAGAAGGAACCGAUGGAGCUGUCACCGCCUUCUAGUGCCUGUGCCCUGACUGUGCCUCAUGCGCUGGAGACGGACCGGGCUGGUAGCCCCGCUCAAAUGAGAUUAAGCGAUGUCCUGAAACGGAAGAAACCUCCAAAGCGAGGUUCAAGAAAAGGUGCUCGAGAGGAGAGUUUCCUGGACCUGCAACCUCCCAAAACUGGUGCUACCGGGGCAUGCACAGUCACAGGUGCCCGCGUCUCAAUGGCAAGUAAAGGCAAGGGCCCUGCCCGAGACGCGAAACAAGCUGGUGCUACUCCCAAGACGUCAUUCCUGGCAAGUCUGAACCCGUCAAGGUGGGGACGGCCUAGUCCUAGCAGCGUGACGGAGCGUAUUCAACUUCCCAAGUUCAGAAUGAUGGUUUUCCAGGAGCCAUUAAUCAACAAGACGCCAACGUCGACUAUUUCUGGUAACAAGGAAAAGAUCAAGGCUUGGAUCAAGGAAAAUGCGGUGAAAUUCUCUGAACAGUUCUUCAAUACAGAUAAUCACGGUGGUAGCCAUCCUGCUCUUAGUGUGUUGAACCGAUUAUGUGAGGCAACCGAAAAAUUAGCUAACGAGGACGACGAAGCUGGUGUUGAGCAUCUCCAGGAAAUUGCCGACAUCAUGUCAGACAGUGACGUGUCUCCGUUUGAAAUCAUUCACAGCGGCCUCGUGGGAAAACUCCUCAAGUAUUUGACGUCACAUUCUGACCUCAUCAUCCGCGAUGACCGCAUCCGACGCUUUUUACAUGUCUUCCUAAAUUGUCCAGCCCCUGAAGCGAACGUUUUGUACGAGAUGGAUAUGUCCACUGUGCCAUCUCUCCACCCCCUCACCACCAAACUCAUAGGAUGUUUACAUCAACUUGAACAGUUCCAAGUCAAAGUCCAUGACCUCCCUGGUGGAGGGGCCUCGUCAGGCCGCGGCUCUAAUGCUCUCAAGUUCUUCAACACACAUCAGCUGAAGUGUAAUCUCCAACGCCAUCCUGAAUGUUCGAAUCUGCGUCAGUGGCGCGGUGGCCCCGUGAAGAUCGACCCGCUGGCGUUGACGCAGGCUAUCGAACGAUACCUUGUCAUGCGGGGUUAUGGUAGGGUACGACCGGAUCUAGAUGAGGAUGGGAGCGACGACGAUAACUCAGAUGAUGACAUUGAUGAUACCAUGGCGGCUGUGUUCAUUUCCCAAGGUACAGCCCGUCACAAGCUCCAGUUCAUGAUCGGAGAUCAUAUCUUGCCGUACAAUAUGACAGUAUAUCAAGCCAUUAAACAGUAUAGUCCACUCUCCGAGGGCAGGGAUGGCAAUGAGACGGACACAGAUACAGAGAAUCCUUUAGGUCACGCCAGCAUUUGGGUACAGACGCACACGAUAUGGUACCGCCCAGCACCAGAAGAGGAAGAAUCUGCCUCCACCUCAUCGAGUCCCAAGAAGAAAACUUCAGGAAGAGCUGGGAAAGUUGCGGGGAAAGGAAAGUCUUGGACAGAAGGAUUAUGCCCGACUGUGAUGCCUGCCCUUGAACCUUUUCUGGUGUCUACACUGCCACCUACAGUCUCCGUACAAGACUCCUCUGUGGAUGUAUUAGCUCUGCUACGAGUCCUUAAUGCCAUAAACAGAUACUGGGAUACGAUUGUAGAGACCUCCACCCACCACCCAGUGAUAUCUAGUACAGAAUUCAUCAGUAGUAAACUUACAGCAAAGGCCAACAGGCAGCUGCAGGACCCGCUCGUGAUAAUGACCGGUAACUUGCCCGGGUGGCUCUCAGAAAUUGCCUCAGCAUGCCCGUUCUUGUUCCCCUGUGACACACGGCAGAUGCUCUUCUACGCCACGUGCUUCGAUCGUGAUAGAGCCAUGCAAAGAUUACAAGAUGCCAGCGGUCAGGACGCUACAACAGUCGACUCGAAUGAACGUGUUACACCUCGGCUCGAUAGGAGAAAGAGAGUGGUAUCCAGAGUAGAUUUGCUAAAACAAGCUGAGAAAGUAAUGGAGGACUUGGGAAACUCACGAGCAUUACUCGAAAUACAGUAUGAAAAUGAGGUCGGCACUGGACUUGGCCCAACUCUCGAAUUCUACGCCCUUGUGUCACGAGAAUUACAACGAUCUGACUUGGACAUCUGGCGUGGGCAGGCGAUCAAGUUCCCCGACGCCCACGGCCCAGAGGAGGAUGUCCUCUACAUGCAUUCCUCAUCCGGACUCUUCCCCGCUCCCCUGCCCAGGAAUGCUAAAGCAGCCUUGGUCACAAAAGUGAAGAAUAAGUUUAAAUUCCUUGGCAAGUUUAUGGCGAAGGCGCUGAUGGAUUCAAGAAUGGUCGAUAUUCCCCUUAGUUUAGUAUUUAUGAAAUGGGUGCUCGGACAGGAGAACUCUUUGAACGCUAGCCAUUUAGAAUACGUUGACGCGGAUCUCUCACGGUCUUAUAGACAGCUGGAAGAUGUGGUCAGGAAAAAGAAGCGGAUAUUGGCCGAUAAAUCUCAUACACCUGAAAGCCGUCAACUGGCCCUGGACAACCUGACUAUGGACGGCUGUUCGAUUGAAGAUCUGGAGUUGGACUUUGUUCUCCCUGGCUACCCCAAUAUUGAGCUGAAGAAGGGAGGCAAAGAUAUGCCUGUGAUGUUAGACAAUCUAGAGGAAUACCUCAAGCUUGUUGCUCAUUGGAGCCUGGUAGAGGGGGUGUGUCGGCAAUUUGAAGCGUUUUUGGAAGGAUUCGAAUCUGUGUUCCCGGUAUCUCAUCUUCAAUGCUUUUAUCCGGAGGAGCUUGAGAACCUAUUCUGCGGCAGCAACAGCGACGCCUGGGAGAUCAAAUUGCUAAUGGAAUGCUGCCGUCCUGAUCAUGGUUACAACCACGACAGUCGUGCCAUCAAAUAUCUGUUUGAGAUUCUGAGUUCAUUCAACGCGGAGGAGCAGCGAGAAUUCUUACAAUUCGUCACGGGAUCGCCGCGAUUACCUGUGGGCGGAUUCAAAAGUCUUUCGCCGCCAUUGACUAUUGUGCGCAAGACACUCGAAGGGACUGAAAAUCCCGAUGAAUUCUUGCCAUCGGUUAUGACAUGUGUGAAUUAUCUCAAGCUGCCGGACUACAGCACAAUCGAUGUGAUGCGGAAAAAACUGAAACUUGCGGCGAAGGAAGGACAGUUAUCUUUCCAUCUGUCCUAGGACUUGGCUUUCACUUUGGACAUCUGUACCUCUAUCACAAUUAAGCCAUAGAUACCUGUGACUGUUCUCAAAUUUUCUGACUACUCAAUGAUGCACAAAAAUCUUCAAACUAAAACCGUCACCAGGACAUGCAUCCAUAAUCGAAUUUUCUGACUGUUGCUGUUGGUGUGUUGCACAAAAGUCUUGGAACUGUAAGCGACAACAGGAUGUGUGUCUGUUCUCAAAUUUUCUGACUGUUCUGAAUGGGUGUGAUGCACAUAUCGUUGGAACUUGAAAGAACGAGCUAGAUAAACUUUUCCUGGACUAAAUGCUACUGAUGCUGAUACUGAUAUUUUGCUGAGGUAUCGCAGCGAAAACUUUUGUUGCUGUCAAUGCAUAUGAUAAUACUGUGGCCGCUCGGUUAAGCGGUCUUCUAGUCUAAUACCUAUUUAUAAUAUCGCCAACCCAUAGUUCCCUUGCUGGCACGGGAUUGGGCACAUAAGUUGAGUAGGUAUGGCCAAAGAUAAAAGACCUGGAUUGGCAGGCGGCCUUACGAAAUUUACACCCGGCAGUUCAUGUCUUCUAUCUUUGACCAAUGCCUACUCAAAUUAUCUGCCCAAUCCCGUGCCAGCAAGGGAACUAUGGGUUGGCAAUAUUAUAAAUAGGUAUUAUAGACGAGAAGGCCGCUUAAUUGAGCGGCCACAGUAUAUGAGAUGUUGGUAAAAAUCCAGCACUAGUGUCAGACAGUGUGUUCCAUUUUCUACCCCUUCUUGGUCAUGCAAGGAUCGCUGAUGGUCAUCAUUGGCCAAUCUUGUGAUUUCAUUGCAUUUCCCUCAAACUACAGGUUAGGUGGUCUGCAUUAUUUCUGUCAAGUACAGCUUGAAAAGCCAGGUUUGAUCAACAGAAAAUGAUGUAGGCCAGUGGUCCUGCGAUUUGGUUGAAAAUGAAAUGAACCAUCUGCCCUUGGGCAUUGUUGCCUGGUUGCUCAUCUUAGAAGCUCUGUAUGUGAAAAAAAAUCGAAGUGAAAAUUGACAAUUGGUGAAAAGUGAAGACACAAAAUUCCAGUUCAUCAAUUGAAAAUUUCCGUCUGGUUAUUUUUUCUCGCAUAUAAUAUCCGAAUUCAGAGUUUACCUGCUGGUAAAAUUGUUCAUGAGUGAAUCAAGUCACCUGGUGUGAGGGGGAUUUUGAUGGCAAUAAAAGUCUGAUGAGAUUGAAACUGAUUUCUUGCAGACGUCACUUGAGGUAGUUGUUUGAUCUUUCAACACAGUCGCAAGCCUGCCCACACCUGGCGAAUCAAUUCUGUGGCUGGCUGCAAGUGUAACAUGCAAUUUUGCGCAGGUUUGAUUUUGAAUUUUGCGGAAAAAAAAUUGAGAGAAAAAAGGAAAUUUCACUGUUUUUGUUUCUGCAGAUAAAAGAACUUUCUUUGGUUUUCCAAUAAAAAGAUAUUUCUUGCAAAUCUAGGUUAUUCGCGAAAUAUGUGAAAAUAGAUUGCCUGCAAAAAGUGUAAGGUUCACAUAUGGUGACGUGUAUGAUUGAAAUUGGAAAGGAAUUACGGAUAUCAACAUUAAAAUCUCAAUCGAGAUGUAAUUUAUUUUGUAAAAAGGAUGAAAAUGUAUGUUUCUGCAUUUGAGAAGAAAUAUUCUCUUGUCCUGCUUUGA